AUGCCCAACUCUGCUUUGGCCCUUCAGAAACUUGCACGUGCACCAGAGAUGACGUGCAUCGAACCACACUUGCAGAGAAGAGCAGAAAUGGUGCCAGAGUGUCAAAUUUUCAAUAUCUCAGGACCUACUUAUCUCAAAUCCGUUGACUGGAAUAACGCAAACCACAGAAGAUGCGUCCUGGCAAGCUUGGUUCAAGGAGUGUACGUUUAUGAACACGACCGCCGAAUGAAACGGUUCGGACCCAAAUCUCUGGCUCUUCCCUGGUGGCGCUUCUUCCACUUUCAUCUCAUCGAUACUCUCCACGAUAGCUCAGAUCACUCUGUCGUCGGAGCCGUCCUCCAGCUUCACUCCAAAUCCGGCAACAUCGUCGGCAAUUCCCCAAAAUACGUCAUCGCAUUCCGAGGAAUCAUCACUACCGCUCCGGCCCCACCUCUCUACAAUGACUUCCUCUUAUGCAUCCGGUCCUUCUUCGGCACCCUCCACAACAGUACCCGCUUCCACCACGCCAUCAGCAGAGUUCAACACUGGGUUACCAUGGCAGGUGGUGCUCCCAACAUCUGGCUCACCGGUCACUCCUUAGGCUCAGCCGUAGCUUUGCUCGCUGCCAAGAACAUGGCCAUGUCGGGUUUUCGUCUCCCUACCUACCUUUUCAACCCUCCCUUUCCUUCGGCUACGCUGGAGAGGACUGAAAACCCGAAACUGCGUCAAGGAAUUCACAUUGCAUCUUCUGUGGUGAAAGCGGGAGUCUCUAUUUAUUUACGGAGCCAACACCAGAAGAAGGAAGAUCAAUUUUCUGCCCUGUCGGAUUGGGUGCCUUGUUUGUUCUUGAAUCCAGGUGACCCCAUUUGUUCAGGUUAUAUAGAAUAUUUUGAGCAGAGGAAGAAGAUGAAGGAGCUCGGGGCUGCAGAUCUGGAGGAUAUGGCCACAAAGCAUACUCUUAAGAGCUUGAUCGUGUCUAAUGUGUUUGACAUAAAUUCGGAGCCCCGCCAUUUGCUUCCUUCUGCUGAGUUAAUCAUCAACCGGGCUCAGUCGCCGUGCUUCAAAGCGGCUCAUGGGAUUACACAGUGGUGGGACCCUAGUCUGCGUUCUCACCCUGUUGUGUAUCGUUACAAGUAGUAAUAACUUGACAAGGUUUUUACCUAAGAAUGAGAAAAGAAAGAGCCGAUGAAUAGUAGCCUCACAUCUGAUAAUUAAGAUCUCACGCAAACUAAAAGUGAGGCUUACUUUUUCAUCCCAAUAUGUUUCUCUCCUUACUUCACUUAACAUAUGCUUUAAGGAUAGCAUAUACUCCU